GACUACUGCGAUUUUAACUUGUUCCUGCUGUGUACGGCGAAUACUGAACAGACAAACGAACAGCAAUGAACCAGGUUAAUUGAGAGUGCAAUCACAGAGGAUUCCCUCGGCUGUAUAAAUUGCAUCUCGUUAAGAAGUCGCCUGCUGGAUUGGAAGCAACUCAGGUGAACUACUUGCACUGCGCAAUAUAUAAAUAAGACUAUAUUCUCUCGACCACCGGGGUCCGAUACAUCAGCUUGGAUGUAGGUUGAUCACAGUGAUGCUGCAUCCCUUUAUCCAAAUCUGCCCGUUAAAAGCGGAUAUAUACAACAUCCAAGUAAAAUAAUUGAUUCAGCUGAGACCAAAUAAAGAUGAAGUACCUUCAUUCAAUCUGUUUGAUUCUGGCACAUUGUUUCAUUCAAGUGGUUACAUAUGACAAAACCCAGCUACCAACAACAGAGCUUAUAGAAUGGAGGGAAACAGACAAUGAGGAGACAUUGGCUAACAGUGUUGCCAAUUCACCAGUUGUAAAUCCACUGCGACUUUUUGCAAGCGGGUCUCAAGUUCUCAAACAGAAUAUAAAAGACAUAACGCACUUAGAAAAUGUUGAAGAUUUUUGGGACUGGCUAGCCAACAGAACAGACGUUCACGAAAACCAUGUACGAACUAAACGCAGACCUAUAGUGAAAACUGGAAAGUUUAAGAAGAUGUUUGGAUGGGGUGACUUUCAUUCUAACAUCAAGACAGUUAAAUUAAACCUUCUCAUAACUGGGAAAAUUGUUGAUCAUGGAAAUGGAACCUUCAGCGUUUAUUUUCGUCAUAAUUCGACAGGCCUUGGAAAUGUGUCUGUGAGCCUGGUACCACCCUCUAAAGUUGUAGAGUUUGAAAUCUCCCAGCAGUCAACACUGGAAACCAAGGACUCCAAGGCUUUCAACUGUCGAACCGAGUAUGAGAAAACAGACAGGGCCAAAAAGACAGCCCUGUGCAGCUUUGAUCCUUCCAAGGUUUGCUACCAAGAGCAAACCCAAAGCCACGUUUCCUGGUUGUGUUCAAAGCCAUUUAAGGUCAUAUGCAUCUAUAUUGCAUUUUACAGCGUAGAUUACAAACUUGUCCAAAAGGUUUGCCCUGAUUACAAUUAUCACAGUGACACUCCCUAUUUUUCCUCAGGGUGAUAAAAUGUUCUUGCAUGUUCAUUGACCUCCUAGAUUUCUCAUGCAAUUUGGGUAUAAUAGGAUCAAACUUAGCUUCAUGGAUUAGCACCAAUAAUAUUCAUUUUUGUUAUUUACUUGAUGUAGGCUUACUCAGAGAGGUUUGAGAAAAGAAACAAUGUGACCACCUCUGCCAAAGGAUUCUGGACACGAGAAGUUAAAAUGGACUUACGUUUGUAUGGAUUUACUUAUUGUGUUUUAGUGAGGUACUUAAAAUGAUGAAGGAAGCUUUUAAAAAUGUAUUAGGAAACUGCCUGUAAUCUGGUAAAACUGGCAAGUCAUAUUGGUACAGUAGAUUUAUGUGGUCAUUAGAGAAUAAAGAACUGCUGUUAACAAUCAGCUGUCAGAUGUAAAUCCUGUGCACCCUUUCAGAUAUGUAUCCAUGAUGGAUGAAAUGUUUAAUACUGUAGCUAGCUUCAUGCCAAGUAUUACUCAAUUAAAACACCUAUGUAUUACUGCAAAAAUAAUGUACAAAUUAUCAAAUUGCCUCUUUUUAAUGUAUUACCCUGGCUUGAACUGCUCUGUAAGAACUUAUCCUAGUUAUCAAAUUUUCCAAAAUCAAUACUUUGUUGCAAGGAAAGAUAUGUCAAGAGAAAGCCUAUGGCAAAGCUUGUUUAUUUCGUUAAGUCUAAUAUUUUGACAGUAUUGCAAACAGAUACAUGGGCUUGUCAUUCGUAAGUUUUGCAAUUAACGUAAUUAUCAGGGUUAUUUGGCAGUGAAGAUGAGAAUGAUAAUUUGUCUGGGAUUUUGUGUUUGUUUGUUUUAUCAUUAAUAGUUUUUCAGAGCCAAUUGGUGCAGAAAAGUCUUUGCUGCCAGGAAAACCAAAACAAACACAAAACAUGAACCUUUUCCUCUCCUUAACUGUCAGUUUCACACCAUACCUGUAACUUAAUCCUAAUCUUAAAGUCACUAUCAGAUUAUAAAAUAGCUCUUCAAUCCUCUGGGGGGAUGAUUAGAAUAUACAUGCAAAUACAGUAAAUAUAAUAUACUGUAAUCUCAUAUAUUGAUUGUGAUCCAAUAAUGUCACAUUUCUUUUUACCUCAUAAUCUUUUAUGCAAUUUUGUCUUAACUUUUGGUAUCCUGAGAUAUCAGAAAAUUGUGUUGGUGACCAUUUUUCUACAACAGCAAUAGGCAUUAGAUUUAUGAUGAUGUACAUUCAUUUCAGUUGUUUAUAACCAGUAAAAAUAAAUAUAACAAAUUAUUAUUAUAGCUGAGAUGUAUAAAAUAAUAUUUUGAAUGUUAACGUUGAAUUUUUAGUAUUGCAUAAAACUGCUUUCGUGUUUCUUUAUAGAUUGUGUCAAUGUUCCUUCUGAUUAGAAGAAUCACAAUGACCCUUUUAUGCUGUGAUUAACAUAUUUAUUUCCGGCUAAAAUAAAUUUGUGUUUGUUAAACCUGAUUGUGUCUGAUGGUUGGUUUUCCAGAAUUCAUGCGCCCUAUUGUAAUGUAAUGUGUUCUUAAUAGUUAUGCCUUUUUUAUGUUACUGUAAAUGGCAAUUUUAAAACUGUUGUACAUCCUCAUAAAGCAUAGUCAAUGGUAUGAAAAGACCAUUGUUAUUGUCUCUGAAAGUCUUCACUAACAAAAUGACUAAGAGCCACAGGCUGGCAGUACUUUGCCCAAUGGUUCAAAUCUUCAUGCAGAUAUUUUUUUUACUGAAAAACUAAAAGGGUAAACUUUGCUAAGUAAUGCCACCAAGUAUUAAACUGUGACGAACACUGUCACUAAAAGGGAAAUUGCCUGAACUGUCUGUGAAUAUAUAAUGAAACACUAUACUUUGCUCUAUGAAUAAUAUGUGUGAUAAAUUAAGCCCUGGAAAAGGAAACUAGAUCCUUUGAAGUUGUAUUAAAUUAUUUCUUUAAAAGAUAAGGCUCAAGCCUGUAUAAUUUUUUUUUUUUUUUUUUUUGUUAAUAUUUCAUGUAAUAUAUGCAAAUGAAAACACUCAUGGUUCAUAAUGCAUGGUGAAAAUAUAAUCUUCUGUUCCUUUUAGAGUUUGUGUAUAAAAAUUCAUUGUGUAAAAAAGAGUGAUGUGUAAAAUGUUUUUAGAGAUCAGGAAAGCAACACAGUAUGUAUAUUACAAUUAACUUGCCAAAUCACAGGCACAAAAACACAAGACAAUGUAAUAUUAUAUCAUGUAAAUAAAU